CAGCUAGUCAAGUCACAAGCUGCAGUAUCUUGCCGUAAAAUUGCCGUAAAAGAAAAAUCUCUCCGCUAAAUAUUCUUGUGCUCUAUGGCUUUGCCCAGGUUCCGUUGCUCAGUUCCUCGACCUACAGUGCUUCAUAGUUGUUGCGCAUUUAGUUUGUUUUUUAUUCAAUGCAUUGGUGAUUGGAAAAUUUACCCGAAAACAAUUAAAGAAAAUCGAUGAAUAAGACCACUAAAAAAUUAUACUUUCUUUCGCAUUAAAUGAUGUCGUAUUUUAGUUUAUAGUUUGAGUGUGAUUAAAAAUCGCCAAGGGGCGCUACUAUCGAUCAACAUGACGAAACUGUUUCUAUAGGAUAUUUUCGCGCGUAUAGAGUAUGUAAACAGGCAUUUAUUGGAGCAGUCAAAAAAUAGUGAUCUGCUUGUUGUGCUCAAUUUUCUUGGUGUAACAACCCUCAAUAAUUUCAAAAACGGACACAGUCGAUAAGCGCCAAAACCGUUGACAACGAGCUGUUGUGUGCGCAGAACGCAAUAUGAAGUAGUAAACAUUAAAGACGUAUAUAUAAUCAACAAUAGUUUUCGUUAAUUAGUUUAGUCUUCAAAUGGACACAAAUAGCUUGCAAAAAGAGUUAGAAGUUUUGCAGAGAAUUCACCAGCUGAUACGUCAACUACAUUCUCUAAUUCGUAUGUUCAAGUUUGAUUUAGAAAAGGUUGCUGAUAAUUAUCAUUCUUUGCUCAAUGAAUAGCUAAAUACAUCUUUAAAUCAUCAAAAGUCUUUGGAGCAAAAUUUUCUCAAAUUUUAAAACAUAAACGGUAACCAUCAACAAUCUGUACGAUGGCUUUAUCAAGAAAAAGUUUAGGAGCAGUACGUUUCAAUGAAACAUCAUUGUCUCCCUCAUCUACUGCAUCUCCUAGCCGCAAAAGACGAUCCAUAGCAGCACCAAAAGUUGUUGGAUUGAUUGAAGAAAAUGAUGAUGAAGCAGAACGGUCAGCCAGGAGACAAGAAUUAGGCAGCCCAGUAGCAACGCCUAUUAGUAACAAUGAUCGACGUCAGUCAAACUUUGGUUUGUCAGCAAUAUCAAAUUUAAGUGCUACAGAAAUGACAAAUCAAAUUGCUCAGUGUAUAAAGCUCAGUGCAGAGAAUAAGAUAAAUGAUAAAAAUGCAUUUCAAUUAAAAAUGAUUGAUUUUUUGCUGUAUACUUUAAAAAAACAGGAUCCUAAUAUGACUAAUUUACAAAUGGCUAGUGUUUCGUUAGAUGCAAGUGCUAAAAUUUAUGGUUUCAGAGUUGACAAAGUGUACUCUGAUUUAUUAAAAGUUAUUGGAAUGGUGAAACAAGAUAAAAAAGAUUAUCAAAAUGAAAAUGAUCAUGCCGAAGACAUAGAUCAGCAAGGUUCAAAUAAAGGUGAAAAUCCUCAAAAAAAAAAGAAAAAGAAAAAUCGACAAAAUAUCAUUGCCACUGUAGAAUCUUUGAAAGGAAGUGUGGAAACAUAUGAUCCAUUAUCAUUAAUAAGAUGUCAAAGAGAUACUCAAACUUCAGACCUCCUAUUUCAAGCUGGUAUGCCGCAGCAUUCUAAUCAAGGAGUAGCUUUAAAUCUGUACAAUGAUGUUAUACUUGAUAAAAUUCCUGAAAUAUUGUACUCACAAAAGAUCACAACAAUAAGUAUUCAUGAUUUGGCAAAUGAUUCAAUAUGCCCAUCAUACGAUGCAUUUAAAUUUUUGGAUUGGUCUCCUAAUGACGAAGUUGAAGAAGCAUUAUCUCAGCCAGAAGAAAAUGAUGGUGAAUUUCAUUUUGACUUAGAUGCUGCUGUUCCAGAUGAUGAUGAUCAAAAUGACUUUGAUUUAAUGAUGGACUGUGGGGAUGCAUAUGAAGAUAAAUGUGGUAGAAUGGCUCAUAAAAGUCAAAUUGAAAAUAUAGUUGAUUUUCAAGAUAUUAUAGCUAAUAAUCCCAAUCCUAAUGCAACUUAUGAGUACUCAUAUGUGCAGAAAAGCUAUCGCAUACAUUGGGCAGGCCCAUCACAUUGGAAAAUAACAUUAAAUAAAAAUCUUGGAGGAAGUAGAGUAGUAGAAACAUGUAAACAAAAUGCCGCCAAGAGAAAAAAAGAAAUUGAAUUAUCGUACUCAUCAGAAUCAAAAGAAGAAAUUUCACAAAAAUUUAAACUUGGUGAAAAACAAACAAAAUUAUUAACAAAAGCAACAAAACUUGUUUGGUCAGAAGACAAAGUUACAUUUCCUCAAGAUGUUCAUUAUGAAUUAAAAAGAUAUUACACUUUUUUUAAUAAACCAACAGAACAUUUGAAAUUUUCUAUUGAAGAAAAACAAAAAGAAAUGUAUUCAAAUAAUGAAAAUGAUGACUAUGAUGGUCAUUCUGACCACGAUAUGUCCAACUUUGCAGCUCCUGAAGAUGUAGAACAUUUUGCAGAACAUCAAGAUGAUGGGCGUUUUACACAGGAUCCUACUUUCACUCAAGAAUCUACAGCAAUGCCAACACAAGGAGCAUUCAUGGGAGACAAUCUUGUAUCUGUUCCCAAGCUUACUGAUAAAAUCUUCAUACCUUAUUCUCAGCGAGCUAAAAAAAUUGAUAUGCGUCAACUCAAAAAAGUUAUGUGGAAAAAUCUUAAAAAUAGAUCAAAACAGAAAGAAAAAGAAAAUUUCAAUAGUACUCAAGUAAAUGAGAAUGACAACUUGGCAAAAGAAAUAGAACCAAGAGCAUUCAGUGAUAUGUAUAUGGAAAUGCCUAAAUUACUAUCUAAAUCAAAUUCUGAUUCACUUAGUCCAGCUAUAGCGUUUGUAUCGCUUCUUCAUUUAGCGAAUGAAAAGAAUUUAAAGAUUGAUAGAACUACAGAGCUGACUGAUUUAAUCAUUAAAGGAGCAAAAAGUGACUCUUGAAAAUAAGUUGGAAUUCAAAAAGUUAGAAAUCAAAAAAAUUUUCGUUAUUUGAAUUUCUUGUUAAUAGUAUAACAUAAAAAUUUGUGUGUAUAACUAAUAUU